AUGUCCCAGGCUCGCAUUGUGCCUCGUGUGAGGAAAAGAUCAAGACCAGUGGAAGCCAGUGUUCCCAGGCGUGAAGGGGUGAUGUUUGAGGAUGUCAGGCUGUACCUGGUAGAGAGGAAAAUGGGCAGCAGUAGGAGAAGUUUUCUGACCCAGCUGGCGAGGUCAAAGGGCUUUAUUGUGGACAACAUCCUCAGCGAUGUGGUCACUCAUGUUGUGUCAGAGGACUGCCAGGCUUCGUCACUGUGGACGUGGCUAAAGGAGUGUGCUCUGAAGAACCUACCCAACAUGCAUGUGCUAGACAUCAGCUGGUUCACUGACAGCAUGAGAGAGGGGAGACCUGUUGCUGUGGAGACCAGGCACCUUAUUCAGGACACUUUGCCCACAGAAGGUUCUACACCCACACCUGUGGCCACAGUUUCUCAAUAUGCCUGCCAGAGACGGACAACCACAGAAAACAAAAACCAAAUUUUCACACAGCUGGGCAAUGAUCUCUUGGUGGAUGACCCCCUGGAGUUCCUUGGCAUGUGCAGCGCAGACAGGCCUGAGUCCGUUGGCUUGCUUCCCUCCAUCGCUGGCUUCCCUGACUCUCCCCUCGACCCAUCAGCUGACAUGGAUGCCGGUGGAGACGAGCUCCCUCCAGCACAGCAGCACGCUCCCACUGCCGGUCAGCCUCUGGCCUUCGGGGCUCUGCUCCAUGAUCUGCCUGACAUUAUCAGAUGGCUGGUGGCUGAACAGAAAGAGCUACAGGAUAUCUGGGGAAAACAUGCUGAUGUGGGAACCGUUUUCCUUAAUAAAACCCACUACUUUUAUGUUUUGCAGGAGAUCCUUCAGCAUGGCCGUUCAUCUGAAGUGGAGAAAAUACUGUCUGAUGAAAGGUAUCAAACACUAAAGCUGUUCACAAGUGUGUUUGGGGUUGGACCUAAGACGGCUGAGAAGUGGUACCGCAGAGGGCUGCGCUCAUUCAGCGACAUUCUGGCAGAGCCCAGCAUUCAUCUGAACCGGAUGCAGCAAAGUGGAUUUCUGCAUUAUGGAGACAUCUCCAGGGCUGUCACUAAAGUGGAGGCACGAGCCCUGGGAAACAUUAUUGACGAAGCUGUCCAUGCGAUCACACCAGACGCCAUGCUAACACUGACAGGUGGCUUUCGCAGAGGGAAACAGCAUGGCAAAGAAUCGUUGAUGCCACUGACAUUAGCCUUGGGGAAGGAGGAGAAUCUGAUACCCUGUGUUAUUGAUAGACUGAGACACCAAGGUAUUCUGCUCUACAGUGAAUACCAGGCUUCCACCUUUGAUAUGCACAAGCUUCCCACCUACAGGUUUGAAGCCAUGGACCACUUUGCAAAGUGUUUCCUGAUCUUGCGCCUGGAAAGAAGUCAAGUGGAAGGAGGUCUCAACAGUGGUGAGGGGGACAGCAGGGACUGGAGGGCGGUGCGCGUGGACUUGGUGUCACCACCUAUGGAUCGUUAUGCCUUUGCUCUUCUGGGAUGGACUGGCUCCAGGCAGUUUGAGAGGGACCUGAGGAGGUUCGCUCGAAUGGAGCGACGGAUGCUUUUGGACAACCAUGCCCUUUACGACAAAGCCAAGAAAGAGUUUCUGGCAGCUAUGACUGAAAAGGACAUCUUUACCCAUCUGGGUCUUGAGUACAUUGAGCCUUGGCAGAGAAAUGCGUAAGCCUCCACUUCUCCCUGGCUGGAUGUUACCCUGUGCGUACAUCACUGUUUAUCCCAUUUGCUUGCCAUUUUGCAACUCUCCUGUGAUUCACUUUCAAACUGCUUUUGAUUUACAUUUUUGUGUUGUUGUUUUUGUUGCUAUUAUUGUUGUAUGGAUUACAUGCUUCAUAAUUCUGCUUGUUCACCAUUGUCUGUUAGCAAGUAAACACUCUUCUUUACCAUUCACGGCUUGCCUGU